AUGCCAGCAUACAUCAAGUAUAUGAAGGAGCUGCUUCCCAGGAAAAGCUCACUCAAGGGAGGCCAAACUAUAGUGAUGAAUAAGGGGUGCAAUGCUCUCAUUCAACCAGAAUUGCCUACAAAAAGAAAGGACCCAAGGAGUUUCUACAUUCCCUGUGCUAUAGGAGAAACCAUGUUUGAUAAAGGACUCUGCGAUUUGGGAGCAAGCAUCAACUUAAUGCCCUUAUCCCUUAUGAAGAGGCUGCAGAUUAAUGAGAUAAUGCCCACAGAUGUAGUCAUCAGGCUGGCUGACAAAACUCAAAAACAAGCAAUAGAAGUGGUGAAAAACGUGUUGGUGAAGGUUGGGAAAUACUUCCUCCUAACAGACUUUGUCAUAUUGGACAUGAAAGAGAGUCACACUCACCCAAUCAUAUUGGGAAGACCAUUCCUAGCUACGGCCAGAGCACUCAUAGAUGUGGAGCAAGGGGAGCUCAUUCUGAGGAUCCAUGAUGAACAGCUCACCUUCAAUGUUUUCAUGCACUCACAAGAAACAUAUCAAGAGAACAAUGAACCAAAGAAAGAUCAAUGUGAGAUACUAAAGGAAGAAACAAGCACUGAAGCACAACCAGCACCUCUGGAAAUCCCAUUGAUUGAGGAACAAGGCAAACAGCAAUUGCCACAGCUCAAAGAGAAUCAGGAGGAACCUAAACCACCAGAAUCAUAUGAGACCAGUAACCACAUUUCCUUAGAGGAGGAGGUCACAAAGAAAAAGACAACAUCACAAGGAACAAAGAAGAAGGUACCAAGGAGGUGGAGGAACAAGAAGAUACCUACCGAGGACUUCUCUCCAGGGGAUAAAGUGAUCUUAUCUUACUUCCCAGAUAUCCCCCCAGAUCUCCCCACUGUACCAUCUCAGUUACCUAAGGUCUUCACUAUCAACAGAGUUCUCUCCUUGGAACAUGUAGAGAUCAUUGAUACAACCACUGGAUAUAGGUCUACUGCCAGAGGAGAAGACUUGAAACAUUAUCAACCUCCCUGA